AUGGCCAAAGAGUAUGUCAUUUUCAGGUCAGAUACUUUCAACCUCAGAGGUGAAGUGUCUAGAAGCGACUACUGGGUGUCCAAGAGGGACCAGUGGCAGGAGCUUGCAGAACAUGUGCCAGAGGUGCUUGCCUACCCGGCUCUAAGUGUCUUAUCAGAAAGAGUUUUCAGCGCAUUUGAAGGGGUGAAUGACAGACACAUCACAGGCAAUGUGGACCACCUGACUUUUAUCAAAAUGAACCCGGCUCAGCACACUGCUGAGUCUUUGUCUAUGGAAUAUCAUAUAUUUACAAAACCUGUACCUCGCUACUACAGAUAUCUCCUGGCUUUUGUGUUUGCUAUUGAUGAGGUCAACAGUAACGCUGAUAUUUUACCUAAUGUGACGUUGGGAUACCAUGCAACUGACUCCUGUAGACAUGUGGUUAAAGCCAUGGACAGUCUCUUCUGUAUUUUAUCUGGACAGCGAUAUGGAGUUCCCAACUACUCCUGCCAGAAUCAUGACAAUCUAGCUGGCGUUAUUGGAGAUCAAUCUUCGGACACAUCUUUGCACAUAGCUCAAUUGUUAAAUAUUUAUGGUUAUGCCCAGUUACUCUACCCAUCCUUCUUCCAAACACUCCCCAGUGAUAAGACCCAGUAUCUGGCGAUUGCCGAGCUGUUAAAACACUUUGGUUGGACGUGGAUUGGUGUUAUUACAUCUGAUGAUGACGCUGGAGAGAAACAAAGUCAAGAGCUAACCAAACAGGCUGCUGAACAUGGCAUCUGUAUUGAGUACAUGAUAAGUUUACCAGCUGGUCAGACCAGUAGGCGAAUGGGUAACCUAAAUAAGAAAAAACAGAUCAUUAAUAACUCAACUUCUAGUGUUGUUGUACUUUGCGGCACUAUUUCGUUGGUCCCAAUACGUUUUCUUGAAAUUCAAAGCAGCGUCGGUCAUAAGAAGACAUUAAUUUUUUCAGUAGAUCCAAUUACCCAGUUUUCACCAAAUGAACAAGAAAAAUCUCCAUUCCAUGGAAGUCUGGUGUUUUCACCAAUCACUAAAGCAAUCCCACGUUUGAAGAGAGCAUUAGAGUGGAUGAGCUCAGCGAAUAGUCCACGUAACACUUUACUGGAAUUUAUCAUUGCAAUUUACUUUAGAUGCACAUCUUCUGAUUCAAUACUUAACACGGCAGUUGAGUUCUAUUAUGGACAUAAACUUCACACUUGUAACCGCAGUAUACUUUUAGCUGAGCUCCCCGACUAUAUAUACUACACUGAAAGUUUUGGAACAGCUUAUCAAGUUUAUCGAUCUGUUUAUGCCAUGGCACAUGCUCUGCAUGCAAUGCAAUUAUACACAUCAAGGAAUCUUAACUCAUGCACAGGAUGUUAUAGAUAUAUGCUCAAGAUUCCUAUAUCUACAUGUUCUGAACACUGCCCACCAGGUUAUAGAAGCAUUAUGAAGAGGGGAAUCCAUCGGUGCUGCUUUGAAUGUCUGCAGUGUUCAGAGGGAGAAAUAUCUAAUGAAACAGACAAAGGAUCAUGCCAUACAUGUCCAGAAGACCAGUGGCCAAAUGACAACAAAUGCGCACCAAAACCUGUGGAAUAUCUGGCUUUUGGAAAUGAUACAGUAGUUCAUCUGAUUUCCAUUAUCUCAGUCAUAUUAUUUCUUAAAAGUUCCACUAUUUUGGGAAUCUUUAUUGUAUUUCGGGACACUCCACUUGUCAAAGCAAAUAACCAAUAUCUGAGCUUCAUACUUCUGGUUUGCAUUAUGUUGGGUUUCCUCUGUGUGUUUUUGUUUUUGGGCCGCCCAGUACACACAACAUGUAUGCUGCGUCAGACAUCAUUUGCAAUCAUCUUCUCGGUUGCUAUCUCCUCUAUUUUGGCCAAGACUAUCAUGGUCUACUCAGCCUUCAAAGCCACCAAACCCGGAAGUCCCUGGAGGAAAUUUAUUGGAGUAAAAAUCACUAACUGUGUGCUUCUGCUUUGCUCUUUCAUUCAGGUUUUAAUUAGUAUCACUUGGUUAUCUAUUUCUCCUCCGUACCCAGAAAGUAACACUAAUUUGUAUGUUGACAAAAUUAUUAUUCAGUGUAAUGAAGGAUCUCCGGUGGCAUUUUCCAUCCUCCUGGGUUACAUGGGACUUCUAGCAGCUGUGACUUUCAUUGUGGCUUUCCUGGCCAGAAAUUUACCAGAUAGUUUCAAUGAAGCCAAAUACAUCACCUUCAGCAUGCUGGUGUUCUGCAGCGUCUGGAUCGCUUUUAUCCCGGCUUAUAUGAGUGUUACAGGAAAGAACACUGUGCUUGUAGAGAUAUUUGCUAUACUGUCUUCUACUGUCGGCAUUUUGGGUUGUAUAUUUUUACCAAAAUGUUAUAUUAUAUUGGUGAGACCAGAUUUAAACUCAAAAAGUCACUUACUAAAACAAGCACACAAUACACUGCGCAAUAACAUACAAUUGCCGCCGCCGCCGACCCCCGCCCUCCUGACCCCUCACCUUCAAUCCCGUGAUCCGCUGCUCAAUCUGCGCCCCUGGACCGGCGCGGGAGGGUGUCAGGAGCAUGGCCGCACCUCACGGCAAGCUGCUUCGUCUGGAUCGGGGGACUCCAUAGCAGCGCUUGAUCGUGCUACUCCUGUCUCCUCUCACAGUGGCAGCCCAGCGAAAACCAGGCCUCGCAUGUCAGAGGAACGUGGCAACAACUCUGGGGUGAGCCAGCUUAAUAACUCUUUAGAUGAGAGUUAG